CGCCGGAAGUGGCGUGACACUGCCUGUUAGCUUACGUCAUCGCGAGGCGCCGGAAAUGACAACGCUCUGGCGCGCGCCGGGCGCUAUUUCUACUGAGGCUUGGGGACCGGCGGUGGUGGCGGCACUGGGUGUUUUAACUCAAAUGGGUGAUGAAAAGGACUCUUGGAAAGUGAAAACUUUAGAUGAGAUUCUUCAGGAAAAGAAACGACGGAAGGAACAAGAGGAGAAAGCAGAGAUAAAACGCUUAAAAAAUUCUGAUGACCGGGAUUCCAAGCGGGAUUCCCUUGAGGAGGGGGAGCUGAGGGACCACCGCAUGGAGAUAACAAUAAGGAACUCUCCGUACAGAAGGGAGGACUCCAUGGAAGACAGAGGAGAGGAAGAUGAUUCUUUGGCAAUCAAACCACCCCAGCAAAUGUCUCGGAAAGAAAAGGCUCAUCACAGGAAAGACGAGAAAAGAAAAGAGAAACGUAGGCAUCGUAGUCAUUCAACAGAAGGGGGGAAGCAUGCUAGAGUGAAAGAAAAAGAAAGAGAACACGAACGUCGGAAACGUCAUCGAGAGGAGCAAGAUAAAGCCCGCCGGGAAUGGGAAAGGCAGAAAAGACGAGAGUUGGCAAGAGAGCAUUCUAGGAGAGAGAGGGAUCGCCUUGAGCAGCUAGAGAGGAAGCGAGAACGAGAGCGGAAGAUGCGAGAGCAGCAGAAGGAACAACGAGAGCAGAAGGAGCGGGAACGGCGAGCAGAGGAGCGGCGCAAGGAGCGAGAGGCCAGGAGGGAAGUUUCUGCACAUCACCGAACUAUUCGAGAUGACUAUGGUGACAAAGGGAAAGCAAGCCACUGGAGUCGCAGCCCCUUACGUCCACCUCGAGAGAGGUUUGAGCUGGGAGAUUGCCGGAAGCCAGCAAAAGAAGAGAAAAUGGAGGAGAGAGACCUACUGUCUGACUUACAAGACAUCAGUGAUAGCGAGAGGAAAACCAGCUCAGCUGAGUCCUCCUCAGCGGAAUCCGGGUCAGGUUCAGAGGAGGAAGAAGAGGAGGAGGAGGAAGAAGAGGAGGGAAGUAGCAGUGAAGAAUCAGAUGAGGAGGAAGAAGAAGAGGAAGAGGAGGAAGAGGAGGAGGAAACUGGGAGUAACUCUGAGGAUGCAUCUGCACAAUCGGCUGAAGAAGUGAGUGAAGAAGAAAUAAGUGAAGAUGAAGAGCGAGACAAUGAAAACCACAUAUUAAUUGUUCCAGAGUCACGAUUUGACCGAGAUUCUGGAGAGAGUGAAGAAGGGGAGGAAGAAGUGGGUGAGGGCACCCCACAGAGCAGCGCACUGACUGAAGGAGACUUCGUGCCCGACUCCCCAGCCUUGUCACCCAUCGAGCUCAAGCAGGAACUGCCCAAGUAUCUCCCUGCCUUGCAGGGCUGUCGGAGUGUAGAGGAGUUCCAGUGCCUGAACAGGAUCGAAGAAGGCACUUACGGAGUUGUGUACAGGGCAAAGGACAAGAAAACAGAUGAAAUUGUGGCUCUGAAGCGGCUGAAAAUGGAGAAGGAGAAAGAAGGCUUUCCAAUCACGUCACUGAGGGAGAUCAACACCAUCCUCAAGGCCCAACAUCCCAAUAUUGUGACUGUCAGGGAAAUCGUUGUAGGCAGCAACAUGGACAAGAUCUACAUCGUGAUGAACUAUGUGGAGCAUGACCUCAAGAGCCUCAUGGAGACCAUGAAGCAGCCUUUCCUACCAGGGGAAGUGAAGACGCUGAUGAUUCAGCUGCUGCGAGGUGUGAAGCACCUGCAUGACAACUGGAUCCUUCAUCGAGACCUCAAGACAUCCAACCUGCUACUGAGCCAUGCAGGCAUCCUCAAGGUGGGGGACUUUGGACUGGCGCGGGAGUACGGGUCUCCUCUGAAGGCCUACACCCCCGUCGUAGUGACCCUCUGGUACCGUGCCCCAGAGCUGCUGCUAGGUGCCAAGGAGUACUCCACAGCUGUGGACAUGUGGUCAGUGGGCUGCAUCUUUGGGGAGCUGCUGACUCAGAAGCCGCUGUUCCCUGGGAAAUCAGACAUUGACCAGAUCAACAAAGUGUUCAAGGAUCUGGGGACACCCAGUGAGAAGAUCUGGCCUGGCUAUAAUGAACUCCCCGCUGUCAAGAAGAUGACCUUCACUGAGUACCCCUACAACAACCUCCGUAAACGCUUUGGGGCUCUCCUCUCAGACCAGGGCUUUGACCUCAUGAACAAGUUCUUGACCUACUUCCCUGGACGGAGGGUCAGUGCUGAAGACGGCCUUAAGCAUGAGUAUUUCCGGGAAACUCCCCUCCCCAUCGAGCCCUCCAUGUUCCCCACAUGGCCCGCCAAGAGUGAGCAGCAAAGGGUAAAACGCGGCACCAGCCCCCGACCCCCUGAGGGUGGCCUUGGCUACAGCCAGCUGGGUGAUGAUGACCUGAAGGAGACGGGCUUCCACCUCACCACCACCAACCAGGGUGCCUCAGCCGCAGGCCCAGGCUUCAGCCUCAAAUUCUGAGGCUCAGCUGGGACCCCUGAGCCUUGGGAGCAGUUCCUUCCAGAUCCAGCCCUGGCCUCAAGUCGUGGACUGCCGACGUUGGUUUUCACAUUUCAUUUUGUCUUGCUUUGUAAAUUUAUAGAAUUAAAUCACAUUUUCCUUGUUGUGGAAGGAAAAGCUGUAUUUUCUUAGGUCAGACUUGACCUGCCACCUGUGGCAUCAGUGACCAUGGAGGCCAGGCACCAGUCGUCACUUGGAGAGGGUGGGGGUAGGGGGUUAUUUGGUCCUAGGGCUCCUGCUGGGAUGCCUUCCUGUUGGGGCGGGGACAGGGACGGGACAACCCCAGGCUCCAAGAUGCAAGGUGGGUGUAGGUCCCCACCUCGGGGUUUUGUACAAGGUUGUUUUCAGAUAUAGUAAAAUAUUCUUGCAGGAA